CCACUUCUUUCACAAGUAAUAGCUUUGUACUUUGUUGUUCGCAUUCAAGAUAUGAGCCGAAAAUCCUCCUUAUCUUCAUCCGUUCCCUUGUUUUCUCUCCUGUUUUUCGGUUCUUUUGUAUUCAGUCAACUUGAUUACAGAUUUUAUGAUACCACAUGCCCAAGUCUGACGAGGAUCGUCAGAUACGGCGUCUGGUCAGCUCUUUGCAAUGACACUAGAAUGCCAGCCUCUCUCCUGCGCCUCCACUUCCAUGACUGUUUUGUUAACGGAUGUGAUGGGUCUGUGCUGCUGGAUGGUGGGGAGAAAAAUGCAUUGGCAAAUAAAAACUCAGCAAGAGGUUUUGAGGUCAUUGAUGCAAUCAAGGCCAAUGUGGAGAAAGCUUGCCCAUCAACUGUUUCUUGUGCUGAUCUUCUGGCUCUUGCAGCGAGAGAGGCUGUCAUUCUUGUUGGAGGGCCUUCCUGGCCCCUACUCCUAGGCCGCCGAGACGGCCUGAUAUCAAGUGAAGAUGCAGCCAACAGAAAUAUCCCAUCACCUUUCGAGCCCUUGGAGAAAAUCACCGCCAAGUUCACUUCAAAGGGCUUAGAUUUAAAGGAUGUAGUUGUCCUCUCGGGUGCACACACCAUCGGCUUCGCUCAAUGCCUCACGUUCAAGCCGAGGCUGUUCAACUUUGACGGGGCUGGCAACCCUGAUCCAACGCUGGACGCCUCACUGCGCAGCAGCUUGGGGACAUUGUGCCCGAACCGGGCCGAUUCGGACACCAAUCUGGCCCCUCUGGACGUUGUUUCUUCUUCCAAGUUCGACAACAACUACUUCAAGAAUCUCUUGAACAAUUCCGGGCUGCUCCAGUCGGACCAGGCGCUUAUGGGGGACAACACAACGGCUGCACUUGUUAACAGCUACAGCAAGUAUCCUUACCUGUUCUCAAAGGAGUUUGGGGCAUCAAUGGCUAAGAUGAGCAGCAUCGGGGUUCUUACUGGCCAAGAUGGCCAGAUAAGAACCAAUUGCAGAGUGGUGAAUUGACUGGAAUUAGCAUACAGAAAACAGUCCUCCUUGUAUCAACAAGAAAGCAACAAUGUGAAACUUGUAACCUGGUGUAACAUGGUGAAACUUUUGUUUCGUGUUAUGUAUAAAUAAUUGCUGUUGGGUAUUGGAAA